GUGAGAAGCUCCCUGACUCGGUGCCUCUUAAAAGAAAUAUAUAAAUAUAAUAAUAACCUGCCCCCUUUUACCCCUCCCUUCCUCCUCGGUUUGAUUCAGUCUAUGUAGCCUACACGCAGAGGGAGAACGUCCGCCGCACGGCAAAGGCAAGACAGUCUUGUCUACAGUGAGGGAGAGAGAGGUGGGGGGAAUCAGCUGCAAGCGGAUACUCAACAUCAACAAGCUGUAUGAGGCAUCUGUAAAGAAGAAGAAGGGAUUUGGCGAGGACAGCGAGGGGGUUCCUUACGUCCCCCCCUCCCUCUUCCUCUGCUUUUUGAUUACAAGAAACAGAGGCGUGGAGCUUGCAAGAAUAUCCUACAAGUGGUGAAGCGAUGGUUUAGCGGAGCAAUUUGGUUUUGAUUUCUUUCUUUACAGCACACACGCCCAACGACACUGUAAUUCCGAGCAGCAAUCCCCCCCUAAAACAUCUGUGGACGCUUUCCUGGAGGGAGAUGGCUGUUUUCCGGCUGUCGUUGCUGCUGCAAGUGGGAUUUGUGAUCGGAUCAAACCAUAAAUACGCGGAAUGGUCAGCGCAUGGGGGAGAUAUGAGAGCACAGGAGCCGAUCAACGGCGCUCAGACGCACCGUCGGCAGCUGGCGCAUCUCCGCGCCGGGGAGACGGCGGAGCUGCAGCAGAAAACAGAGGAGCAUCUCCCCAGGGUGGUCACGGCUUUUCUUCACACGGGGGACUCGACCACCUUAAAGCACGCCAACUGCUCGCGGAGGUACGAGCUCACCUCUCUGCGGGGAAGGUCACAAGCCGUCCCGCAUUACUCCAUGAGCAGCGUGCUGGAUACGGUGCUGCACGCCACAAACUUCCUCAACAUGAUCCUGCAAGCCAACAGGUCCAGGGAGCAGAGUCUCCGGCGAGACAUUGAGUGGUACCAUGCCUUAGUCAGGAGUAUACUGGAGGGAGACGCCAAGAUCCACCGGGCGGUUGUCACUUUUAGCGCGGAUACGUCCGUGGCGGGGCCCUCGGUGCUCCUCCAAGCCACCAGGGCCGGCGGAGAGAUAGUCCUCCAAGACCUCUCCAGCAUGGCCCACCAUCAUCUGCACAACCGCACCGCAGACACAGAGUGGUACCACGAUGUCAAAGACAAGAAGAAGCCCAGUUUCCAUAAGAGGGUGCUGAGCCAAGAUUUUAGAUCAGUUGACAAUUCUUUAAAAAGAGGAGAGAGUUUUAUCCCGGACAAGACGCAUGUCAAGUGGUCUGCCCCUUACCUGGAGUGUGAAAAUGGGAAUUUUGUUCCCCGUUGGCUUUUGACCUUAUCGGCUGCUUUCUAUGGCCUGAAGCCCAACCUGGCUCCUGAAUUCAGGGGCGUGGUGCGCGUUGACAUUAAUCUACAGGAUGUUGAUAUCGACCAGUGCUCCGCUGAUGGCUGGUUUGCUGGAACCCAUCGAUGCAAUACGACCACUAUGGAGUGUAUGCCGAUCCACGGUCAUGGAUUUGUCUUGGACAAGUACAAGUGCCACUGCAAGAAAGGAUUCUACCACCCCAACAGAGUGGCUGUCAAUGGUUUUACAAGGAUGGGGAAAAAGGGAAAAGCUGCAGACAGCGGUCCCAAUGCGGACGAGGGGUCAUCCAGCGACUGCCUCCCAUGCCAGCAGGGCUGUGCCUACUGUAAGGACGACACCCCCUGUGUGGCACGAGAGGACGGGGCUCUUCGACUGGCUGUGCUCUCCUUCCAGUGCCUCUGCUUGCUGAUUGUCUUUGUUAGCAUGGUACUCGUCUACCACUUUCGCAGGAAUAAGAGUAUCAGAGCAUCAGGUCUAGUCCUACUCGAGGCCAUCCUGUGUGGAGCUCUGCUUCUCUACUUUCCGGUUGGAAUUCUCUAUUUCCAGCCGAGUGUUUUCCGCUGCAUCCUGCUGCGAUGGGUUCGACUGCUCGGUUUCGCUACCGUCUAUGGGACACUGACUCUUAAAUUGUACAGGGUGCUGAAGGUGUUCCUGUCCCGUACAGCCCAGAGAAUCCCCUAUAUGACCAGUUGGCGAGUGUUGCGUCUGCUGGGAAUCAUCCUGCUCAUCGUCUGCUGGUUCCUUGUGGCUUGGACAUCUGCCGUCUGUCAGAACCCGGACAGGAAGUUGGCUCUCAUCGAUGUGGGCUACACGCCCAACGGACUGCAGUUCAGCAUGUGCCUGCUGGAUCGCUGGGACUACAUGAUGGCUGUCGCUGAGUUCCUCUUCCUGCUGUGGGCGGUCUACCUAUGUUACGCUGUGAGGACGGUGCCAUCUGCGUUUCACGAGCCUCGCUACAUGGCCAUCGCCGUUCACAACGAACUUGUCCUGUCAGCGAUAUUCUAUGUCAUCAGGUUCACUCUUGCUCCGGAGCUCCAUCCAGACUGGAUGUUGCUACUGUUCUUCACCCACACGCACUUAACUGUAACAGUAACGCUGGGUCUACUACUCAUCCCUAAGUUCCUGUUUGCUGGCACGCACAUGAGAGAUGAUAUAGCCUCUGAGGCCUAUGAGGACGAGCUGGACAUGGGUCGUUCUGGGUCGUAUCUCAAUAGCAGCAUCACAUCAGCAUGGAGCGAGCACAGUCUGGAUCCUGAGGACAUUCGGACACCUGACGAAAUGGGCCAUCUCAGUUCUAUUAAUGGCUGUGGCGUAAGGUCUUGCGACAGUCUUUGGGAAAAACGUACCAACGAGGAGCUGAAGAAACUGUACUCCCAGCUGGAGAUUUACAAGAGGAAGAAGAUGCUGGCAAACAACCCUCAUCUCCAGAAGAAGCGGAGCUCCAAGAAAGGUUUGGGUCGUUCACUGAUGAGGCGCAUCACUGAGAUUCCAGAAUCGGUGCACAGGCAAUGCAGCCGUGAAGACAAGGAGGCUGGGGAACAUGGGAGCAAUCGUAACAGCAUCUGCAUGUUGAAGAAAAACCCCUUCGAUCCGACUCACCCAGGAAAGCCAGUGAAGGAGGAGACGCUAAAGAACAAGGUUUUUUCUCUCAAGAAGUCCCACAGCAGCUAUGACCACGUCCGUGACCAGAGUGAAGACUCCAACAGCUCAGCAACAGACAAGAUGGAGGUGACCACAGCUGAAGGCUCCCUCCUGGAUACACUUAUGGGCAAAAAGUUGGUAAAGAAGAAGUCCAGUGAGAAUUUAAAUGCCCCCAGUGAAUCUACAGAAUCAGUUCCUUUGGUCUGCAAGUCAGCCAGUGCCCAUAACCUCACUGCAGACAAGAAACCACUUCAUCCUAGAGCCUCCAUGCUGCAGAAGUCCCUCAGUGUCAUCGCCAGUGCCAAAGAGAAGACUUUAGGCUUUACGGGAAAGACUCAGAGCGCAGAGGACAGCAAUAAGAAGAGUCAGCCAAAGAGCAAAGACACGAGAGCCAAUACAGAGCCAGAAAAUGAAUGCCAGCCCAAGAUGAUUAUUAGCCAGUCGGUUGACUACAAACAGAGUGCAGCAAAAGGCAGAAUCAUAAAACAGCAAGUCGGUGGCAGCCAGCCUACAAUCUGUUCUGAUCCAGUCAAGGGAAAGGAUCUCUACGACCUCUCAGAAGUGUGUCCCUGGGAAGUGGAGGAUCUCCCAACUCCAUCUGAAAACAAAGUCCAAAAGCAUGUAUCCAUAGCACCAAAGGAAACCACAACGGUUCAUGGAGGUAGCACCAAGGGAAGCAAAUCUCAGCAGCAGAAACAGAAAGCUUCUGAUCAGUCUCCAUCGAGUGCCAGGCAUUCAAAGGAGAUUCAGAGGACAACUGCUGUACGAGCAGACGUAUGUCCAUGGGAAGAUGGAAGUGAAACUCAAAGCAGUCAAGUGGAAGGCUCGAAGCAACAAAUAUAUAGUCAGGCAAGCAAACCUACUAAAACCCAGCAGCCUCAUUCUACAACAGAGAGCUCCAAAACACACCAGGCAGAUGUCUGUCCAUGGGACUUCGAAGAGGCCCAAAAGACAACGGAGUUAUCUUGUUCACCAGAUAUGACAAAACAAAGAAAAGGCACCUCUCCUGUGGAUGGGAAAGGGAAAAGUACCCUUUCAGAUCCAUCCAAAAUAGGAGGCUCGCUCCAGCCACCAUCUACAAAAGCUGAUGUAUGUCCUUGGGACUACGACAACACUGCUGUAUCUCCAGAUUCUGGACAGAGGACACCUAGUCCCUCUCGAGCAUCCAAAACCAAGGAAUCCCCUUCAAAAAAGAAGGGUACCCCUUCCACAAGAACAGUUGAGAAAGAGAAAUCAAAAGACGCUGAUGAUGAGAAAAGUAAAACAAAAGCUAAGGACAAGAGUAAAUCUUCAGAGAAACAAAUGAGCCAACAAAAAAUGGCUGAGGUAUGCCCGUGGGACGCUGAGAGUCAUCAGGAAGUGCUGGUGAUUGAAAAAAGGAAAAGUGCGAAUGUUGGAGCAGCCAAAGCAAAGCCAGCCGAAGUCUGUCCGUGGGAUUUUGAGGAUACUUCAGAUAAAAAAGAUACAGACAACAGUGCUUCUGUAGUGAAACAGAGCAAUCCAAAUCCUAAAGGCGGGGUUGGAAGUGCUGCCAAGAAGGCAGAUGUUUGUCCCUGGGACUUUGAAGAUAGCACAUCGAGCAAGAAGGCAUGACACUCAACCUCAAUGGACAACUGAAAUUAUAGUUAUUGAUGUAUACUUUUUUUCACUUUGAAAUCGUUAAAUAUUACCUUUUACUAUUAGUACGGUGACUUGGAAGAAAAGUUGAUCGAGUUCCACAAGUUGCCUUCCUUUCCAAGGUUUUGUUCCUGUUUUACCUAUUUUGAAAAUAAGUAAAAUGUACAAAAAACUAAACAAAGUCAUGAUGAGCAUUCCAGAUUAUUCCAGAAGAUAAAUCUUAGACUAAUUAUGCAACUUUUGAUUCAGCCUUGUCACGUCAUGAGCGAUGUUGAAAAUCUGCAUUUAUGUUCUGUAUUCAGUCAACAAUUCUUACAUGGUUCUUUUUGUGCAUUAACAUCAUCCCUUGAUGGACUAGGAUAUGAUAUGAAAGAACAGAAGGUGUAGAAAACUAAAGGUACAAAAACAGCAAAAGUGAAAGCCAAAGAAUAAAGAAACAUUUGCAAAGAGGGACGUUGAUCUUCAGGCGGUGAAGUUAAUUUAUUUGUGUGUCCAACUCUUGGCACAGAGGGAAGGACUCAGUGAGGAAAUCAGUCUAUAGCACUUUAGCCAAAUCCAUAAAUUAAGAGCUGAGGACAGACUCUGUUCUUGUUGUACAUUUUGUCUUCUUAUUUUCAACCUUACGGCAGGAUGUCGCACAGGACAUUACACACCGACCAAACUUAGACAGGUCUUUCUGUUCGUUUUUUGUUUUUGUUUAGAACUAUUUAAUUGUAGUUCUCGGCAGAUUAAAAUGCUUCCAAGUCUGCAGAGAUGUACUGUAUGUGCCUAACUAACUAGCAUUGUCUUGUAUCAGUCUGAAGUGAAGCAAGUGGCUUUUUCUUCAGCAUUUUGUGAUGGUGAAUUAUAUAAACAGCAUGCACAGCCAGGUAUUGAGAGUAGUUGGACCCUACCAGUUUGUCAACUAAAGCAGUUAAUGUGUUGACAAAUAUAUAGUGUUUUUUUUAAAUACCAGAGGCACUCAUUUUCCUGCUCUCAUAUUUCCAAAAGCUCAUUCAGGGUGGUGAAGUUUAUAUGAGAGCAGUAUUAACAUGAAAAUGGCUCAUAUUUACACUGUAAAAAGUAGGGAUAGAAAAAUACUGGAGGGAUACUAAGGAAAUAAUUUGCACCAGUUUUGUUUAUGAAUCCAGCAUGGGUCUUUGUGUUGGCUUGCACCAAGUGUGUGUGUACAUGUGUCUUUUGACACAAUAUCAUGAAUUUAAAGUAAAAAUAUAAUGCCAAACCCCAAGAGUUGAACCUCUGGAGUCUCAUAAGUGAUCAAGUCCUGGCAGCGCUUUCUGUCCUUACAUUCGCUCCAUCGCAAACACCAAAACUAAAAGGUGAGUAGGUCAACAAAUCAAUUUUACGAACAGCAAAACUUUUGCUUAAUGGAUAUAUUGGUUUAUUAUGACUUGGGUCUUAUUUUCUCAGUUUUGGCCAUCACUUGCUGAUACCUGGUAACCGAGGCAACAUCACUGCAGCAAAUUGGUCAUUUUCAGUAUGGUUGACAGGAAAGCUGUGUAAAGUUGAUAGGAGAACAUUUCUCUUCACAAUCAAAGACAUGUGCUAAUGCUGUAUAAUAGUUGUUGUUUGUUUAUGUGACUGUUAAGCUGCCUUGACCUCAUCAACUGUUUAUUUAUUCCUUUGCCAUUUUAAAUGGAUUUAGCUAUUUUUCUCGCUUUUGCACAGAAAGAUGACACUAUUAUUAAUCACACCUAAUAAGCUCCUAUUUCUUCAACCAAGGAAAACAGUUGUCAGUGACCACAAGGCCAGACGCAAUUAACUCCUUAAUAAAUGAUGUAGGUGGUGAUUCAGUAGCAUGGAACAUGUAGGAUUAUUAGAAAUAAAGUGUUAUGUGUCAUGUUUAUUGUCAGGUCAGACUUUGAUGUUGCAAUGUCGCCUUGUUUCCAUCAUAACUGAUACAGACAAUGGUCUUAACUACAACAAUAAAACCCAAGUUUUUAUAAGCCAUCCAUUUUGACAUAAUGUUACUACUGUAAGUCCAUAGUAUAUAGUGCUUAUCUUUUAAUAUUUUUAAAUAUUAAAGGAUAGCAUUGCCAUCAUUUUUUUCUUUGCGUUUUUAUAUUGAAAGUUCACAAGUAGCAUAGUGCAUGUUUUUCCCAGUUUAAUGCAAGUAGGCUAAAGCUCAAUAUCUUAAUUAAGAUGAUCAUUUUAGAAUUAGGCUUAUCAAUUAAUCUGACUAAACCUUUUGAAGGUUUUGAUUUGUUCAGUGUUUUGUAUCAAAAUGUCUAAAUAUUCAUCCUGCACUAUUCAUCCUGGGAUUACAGUGGGAAAAAAAAGAAAUCUCCCACUUAUAGUCAACUGUUGAACACCUGACAAUAAUUGCAGCCGUGAGGAAAACUAUGUAUCAAUAUAGCAUCUACAGUACUUUAUGGUAUCUUGUGAGAAUUACAUGGUAUCACUGAAUGUUGUCACUGAUUGUAAUUAUCUAUAAUUGCUGUCAAAUUCCUCAAUAUCCGAGCUCUGUAGGAGUCCUUACUAAUCGUGGUAAAAUAAAUCAGUGCUUGUCAGUGAGAAUUUUACAAAGUCAAAACACAGUUCGUCAAUUGCUAAAUUUCUUUGGCACAGCUCAACUGAAAAUAAUCCAGUGACAAAUAUUUGUAGCCUUUCUUAUCCGAUUUUCUUUAACAUGCUGACACGAUUCCACAGCUAGGCUCCAUAAACAUGAUUUAGAUGCGACGUAUUCUAUCUGCCUCCACCUACUGAGAAAUUACCUCUGCCACUGACCUGUGGGGGGCUCGCCUGAAAUAUUUCAAAUGUGGAGUGUUUGCCUUACAGCGCGAGAUUUGUCAUCACCUCUACUUUAUGAGCUCCUUUAGUAACCGUAUCUGAGAAGAACUGCCAACGUGCAUGGAUUGAUUGUAAUGCUUUGAUGGAUCUACAUGAUAUUUAUGAACCAGAUGUUAGGCGUCAUCCAUCAUAUGCAUUGUGGAUGCAGGAUCGUACCAGGAGACCCUUGGUAUGACAACAACGACAUUUAAAAAGCCUUUUCUUUUUUUUAAAGUGACUUUAGUCUUUGGAAUCACUGCCGCAUUGGAUCUUACUGCCCUGGGUGAUGAAUUUUAUGCUGUAUAUUUUUAAAACAAGUGUCUUUUUGUCCUUGUAGGAAAGCUAUUUUAAAUGAGGAGAUGUGUUUGUUUCAGGAUAAUUAUUUUUAAAAUCUACAUGAUGUUAGAUUGAGCUCAUACAGGCUCUAAAACCAUUAUGAUUUUCAAAUUCAAUCCACUUGUUAAAGAAAACAAAAACAUAACAAGCAAUAUAUUAUAACAUUCUCAAGCAAGAUUCUCAAAGAAUGUAUUUUAUUUGGAAACAAAACAUUUUUUUAAAUUUAUGUUGUUUAAUCUUCACACACAUGAUAUUUCCAGAUCAGGCAUAGUUGGAUCACAAAGGAAACACAAUUAUAUUGUCUUAGAGCAGAAAAUAAUAAUGCAAUAUCCCACCAAUAUACUAUGAAAUACGUCACAUUUUCAGUCAAUCUACUCUGUUGUUUAAUUUACAUAAUUUCAGAUAGUAUGCUUGCUGUGGCAUUCCUCAGUUCAGUCAGUCCAUAGCUGUCUGUGUAUUAAAUUGUGUAUACAUAACCAGUGUGUUACUGUCUGUUUCUCUGGAGAUUAUCAUUGUAUUUUAGCCGUAUCAUCGAUGAAUCAGUGAAAGUUUGAAACUCAACCAUUUACUUGGAUGUGCAAAUCGAGACCAUUGUUCUUGUACCAUCUUGACAUAGACGAUACUGUGUCCUGUAGCUCUUUGUCCACCAACCGGAUCUUUACCAUGGUGCGUUCUGUUGGUUAGCUUUCAUUUCAACCUGACUCCUCUUCUCUUGUGACCAAACCAAGUCACCUGAUGGCAAAUACAACUACUACUAUUGCUACUACUACUAUUCAAUGCUGUAACGUCGUAAAUCUUGUGGCUUCUGCAUGAAUUCAAGAAAAAAAAAAUAGGACCGAUGUUUCACUGCCCUUGAUAGAACAAAAAAAAAUUGAUCUUUUAUGGACUGUUACAAGUUGUAUAGUGAGUGAUACUGUCCCUAACCCACUGUAUUAUGUGCUUGUUAUAACUAUUGCUCUAUGACAAGCUUAUAGCAUCAAUAUAUGGGAAUAUUUGGUAGAUUUAUAUUGUGUUAUAUUGUGAUAGCAUGUACAUAAAAGAUACCUCCUCUGCAAUAAAUAUUUAUAUGAAAAUGAA